AUGUACAGUACUGUAGACUCCGCUGACAUCCAAACGACGCUGAAAGGCCAUACUAAGGAUGUGGAAGCCAAGCCGGACCUCACAGACGAAUUUCGGGAUAACAACCGAAAGCUUUGGGAUUCCAUGAUAGGUGGCGACCAUAAAAAGACAUUCAUAGACCACUCUGAUAAUGUGACAAUCGUGGUCCCUCCGGAUGACAAGCAGGCCGUGUCAAACUCUUUGGAGAAAAUCAUUAAGCUUUGGAGUACCGGGAUACGCGAGCAUCAGAGGACAUUAGAUGCCAAGCCUGAUUGGGUGUUUCUCAUGGCCUUCUCGCCAGAUGGGAAGCAAAUCGCGUCAAGCUCUAAUAACGCCAUCGACCUUUGGUAUGCCGCAACAGGCAAGCAUCAAAAUACACUGGUAGGCCACUCCGGCUUAGUAUCGGCUGUGGCUUUUUCUACGGAUGGGAAGCAGAUAGUGUCAAGCUCUGAAGAUAAAAUCAUCAUAUUUUGGGAUCUAAGAGCGUCAUUCAAGACUUCGAAAUAUCUUGGGCGUGCUAUCGACCGUCGUUUGAAGCUUCGUCCAUGCCGCGAAAUCAAAAUAUCCGCGUUUAUCACCACUGUCAAAUUUUCACCGGAUAACCGCUUUGUUAUCACGAAUAUUGGUCUUAUAUGGCUCGUGGAUCCCCCGGUGGACGAAAGGCCACUGACUUUGGACCAUUGCCCGACGGCAUACAUGUCAGAGAUCAGUGGAUAUGGGUGGGAGAGUUGCGCGUCCUUUCACUACCGUCUGAUUUUGUGCCACGCUGCUAUGAUAUACGAGGGGAUCAGAUGGCUAUUGGACUGGAGAAUGGUCAAGUUUUGA